UUCAUUAGGCUACAGUGCACAUGCAUGCAUAUGCUACAGAAAUGUAACGUCAGCUCUUGCGUCACGUGCACGCGUUGUUAUUAUUAAAGACGCGUUGUUGUUGUUGUGUGUGCGUUUUUUUUUUCCUCGGCGCGUCUCUCGCCGGGAUGGAAAAAAGUCCACUUCGGUUUUUGCGUGAAGCUCCAAAAAUCUAUGAAAUGUGUUUGCAUGUUGCUCUCGGCGGAGCAGGGACGUGGAGGAGGUGGGAGGGUAGCGCGAGGCGACGACGGCUUGGAGGAGCCCACGCGCUCGCGUCCGUUCCGACCGAAUCCUAGCACCGUUCCCGUUUUUCUCCCCACGACGGCUCUCCUUAAUACAGUAAACAAAGUGUGUGUGUGCGCUCGCGCGCGUGUGGAUCUUUUUUUUUUUUACUUUUAUUUUAUUUUUUUAUGUUUUCAAAAGCAAGCUCGGACCUUCAUUUCAGGUCUGAAAGCCUCUUAAAAUGUGUGCAAAUACGGUGUACUGUCAGUUGUAGGAGAGCACCCUGAGGACAGCUCUUCACCUCUGCUAGCAUCAAUCUUACUUGUGCACCAACCAGUGAGAACAUUGCUGCCCUUUGCCUUCACCCUCCACUCCUCCUCCCCUUCUCUUCCUCCUCUUCAUCCUCCUCUUCCCUCUCCCUCCCCCUCAAGCUGUGGGCCAUGUCUGCCAGUGGGGGGUUGAUGGAGGGAAACCAAGCUAGAGAGGACGAGGAUGCUCGGGACAGCUGCUGUGCUGAUGAAGAAUCAUCGCCCGUGGUGGAGAGGAGGAACCGGAGCGGGAUCAUCAGCACACCGCUCAGCAAGAGCCUCAAACACUCCCGAGCUCUCUCUCAAUACAUUGCCACGUGCUCUGCUGCAGCUGCAGUUGCAAAUGCUAAUGCUAACAGACUUGCCCAGAGCUCCUUAGUACCCACAGGGAUUAAGUCUCACUCUGUAGAUGGCCAGCACAGAGGCCAGGUGGGACUUACCAAACUGGACCGGGGCGCACUGGUUUCUAGCCUUCUGGACUCUCCAAGCGGUUUGCAUCUUGCCCAGGCAGCAGAACUUUUACGACGAACUAGCAUGCUACUUCCUGUCUCUGACUCUUCCAGCCUUGGUGUGGGCGGGGACAUUGAGGCAGUCUCAGCCUCUGAUUCGCUGGGGAGUGUGACAGACUUUCCAUUGUUGAGCAAUGGUGGUGGAGUUGGCAGCGCUUUCCCGUUCCACCCGGGCCUCUUUAUCAUGACGCCGGCGGGAGUGUUCCUGGCUGACGGGGCACUGUCACAGGUGACGGGCGCUUCCGAGCAGCAGCAAGCACACAGUGAGAUGGCAGCAGCUGCCAGCGCCAAUGCCAAGAAGAAGCGCAAACGCUGUGGGUUGUGCCCGCCUUGCAGGCGCAGGAUCAACUGCGAGCAGUGCAGCAGCUGCCGUAACCGCAAGACUGGCCACCAGAUCUGCAAGUUCAGGAAGUGUGAGGAGCUCAAGAAGAAGCCAGCUGGAGGACUAGAGAAGGUGAUGCUGCCCACCGGAGCUCCUUUCCGCUGGUUCCAGUAGGACGACAGCCAACCGGACCCUGGCGAGCUCAAAUUAACAAACUGCCAAUCACGUGCAACGCCAACGCCCACUCGGACUGCUGCUGGCUCAUAAACACUGGCCACAAAUAACAAAACGAAUAAACAAACAGCCUCUACAAAACAAGAGAGGAAAAAAAAAGAAAAGGCACUAAACGAGGAUGAAGCUAGCUCUUCUGAACCAAAAAUAGACUGCCAUGGCAGCAUGUUACAGCUUUGUUUAUUUUUUUUGUUUGUUUGUUUGUUGUUCUCUAUGUUCCAAUCGGGAACCGUUCAACUUCUUAUUGUGGAGUCGUGUCCUUUGUUGGACACUUUGGGAACUCUGGACUGCCAAACAAAAGAUGUACAAUCAUUUUAUUUUCUGUGUUUUUUGUGUUUUGUCUGUGUGUGGAGGAAUGCUGUAUUUGCGUUAGAGAAUGUAAACUCGAGACUCUGUAUUAAAGCUAGUUAUUAAUCCAGAGCACUAUUGUACAGUUAGCACCAACCUUCUUACUGACUGCUUCAGUAUAUCUGGAUUUGGCUUUUUGAUUUUUAUGUUGUUUUUUUUCUUUUUUGGGGCGGGAGGCUGGGUUGGGGGGUGGGGGUUUGUCAUAAAAACUGCUUUUCAGAUCACUGUUUGAUAUCAAACCAGAUGAAAAGACAAAAAUCAUUAUGAUGUAGCAUCCUUUUUGGCAAACAAACAAACAAAAAAAACCUACUGUUUUUUUUUUUUUUUUGUAUUGUGAAACAGAAUCAAUGUAGUUCUGCACUGACGUCAUUCAAGGAUGGCUGAAACAAACAGAAAAAAACAGAGCACGAACACCAGCCGGCGGCUGAUCAGAUCAGAUUACUUUUCCACGUCAGGAUGUUUCUCUACCAGAUCUUCAUUGGUCAAAAGGAAAUCACUGACACAACAAAGAUCUUUAAACAAAAAGUGCAGGCGCUUAUCCUACUAAACUACGUCAGAAAGCUAUCUGUGCGUUUACCUAGCUUGCGAGAUUCUGAGCGAGAUUAAAAAGGCUCAAGGACAAAAGACAUCCCUCCCUCCUACACCAUAACCACAUGGUGGAGGCCAUCUUGGAUGGCUGACCACAAUCCGCUUAAUCAGUCACGCUGGUGGUGUUCUGUUCUGAUUUUGUGUUGAUGCCUGGCUAGAAAAGGACGAAGCCCAGGUCCCUAAAGUGUCUGAAGGUCUUCAGUGCGACAUUCGUGUCUCUGCAGCCACCAUCCCGAGGGCUGCAUUUGUAAACUCAAUAAACGAAUGCAUGUAUCUGUGUCAGAAAUCGACAGCUCUGAGGUUGCAGCUUUUCCUCAGCUUUGGAAUAAAUAGAGAUACCAACCUA